CGACGGGCUUAAAGUUAAAUACAGUAGAAAAAACCAAGAGGAUAGCUCUCCUGCUGGCAAUACAUCAGUAACGCAUCAUGGCAAAUGUAAAACUUUUAACGCUCUUCAUGCUCUUCGCAUUUGUUGGGACAUUUGCCAGUUCCUCAGCGGAGGAAUUAAGGAGCCAUGUCAGUCUAGAAGAAAUCCGACAACCGCCCUAUCUGGUGAAGAGAGCAGCUGACGAUGGACCGGGCGAGGUCGCACCCGGAGGUGGUUCAGGGGAAUCCGGAGAAGAUACCAAUAAUGUAGCGGAAAUACAGAAUAUAAUAAAGAAGGUUACGACCAUAAUUGGAAAUGUGUUGUCGUUAAACAAUGUCGAUAAAAUACCUGCGCAGCUUCAGGAUAUCCUGAGCAGUGUUCAGAGCAUAUUGAACACACUCACAAUUAGCAACCUCAUAAGUCUACUUGUAAACAACGUAGACACCUUGAAGAUGAUACCAGUACUUGGAUCCGUCAUAUCCACAGCGCAGCUUGUGAUCAAAGUAGUGUCGUCAGUUUAUAGAAACGUAUACCCAAUAAUAAAAGUACUGUUGGGUUCUGUAACCUCACUUCUGCCAGUACCAUUAUAACGUUGAGCUCAGAGGGGAAUUAGAAAACUUUCUAAUUGCAACCGUAUCUAGAGCCCAAUCAUACAAUGUUUAACAGCCCGAAAUCAUAUGUGACGGUAAAUUGUAUAGCUAUCCCAUAAUAAGUUCGACCAAAGAAUAAAUGCAUCAAUUAUAAAUAA